AUGGCCUACAGAUUCUUCUUUCGAGAAUGGCGGUUGAAGAAGAUCAUGUGGUGGAUUAUGAUCGCAGAACUCGCAGGCAUCGUAUCGGCACUCGUCAUGUUUGGCAUUGCACAGCCUGAUGCGUAUCGCACGACAAUGUGGAAAGUCGGCUUUCUCAACCAUUUCAACUCGAACCCCAACAUGAUCCUCUACGCUUAUGCCAACCAUCGGCCGCUUCCCAAGAUUCCGUUCGUAUGGUCGCAAACAUUGACAAACUUUAAUGUUGCCAUUUCCGUUCUGUCUCUCUUCGUCCUUCUAGCGAAGCUCAUCUCUUUCAUUAUGAAAGUAUAUUACCCAGUCAUCGGUGUCUUCGCCAGCUUCGCCAUGACCGCACUGUAUGCCACAAGUGUCUAUGGACAAGCUGGCCCGGACUACGCGGACUCGCGCUAUCCCAGCCCGGUAGCAUGGUACAUCCGCAAAAGCUGUGAUCCAGCGCGGCCGUGGAACGCGUAUAAGAGUUGCCAGUUGGCAAAGGGCAGUUUUGCCGUCACGGUCUACUUACUCUUCAUCUACGUGGUCAUGCUUGGCCUGGCGAUCAACUCCAUGAUUCCACGCAAAGAUGACAAGAUGUUGGACGAGGAGGAGGACGAUAGCCCGAAGACGGACAAGCACUACGAGAUGAUGCCCGCUAAUCCGCGCCAGCCUAUGCCAUUUACUCCCAGGACGCAGGCAUUCCACACCCUGGACAGGAAACUUCCAUUCCGGCAGCAACAGUAUACUUAG